GAAGUAUUAUACUAUCCAAAAUCUUUGAUUAUAUCCAUCUACACAACACAAAAUGUUCUUCCAUACUGCGUUUCUUUGUGUUGCAUUCCUCAUGACAUUAACCCCGGCACCCUUGGUCCAAUCUUUUGUCCUCCCCGCUGCUCUUCAUCGCUCUGCCUCCAACAAGUGGACGGUCCGCAUGGCAUAUGGAGCUGACAAUGUCGGGUGGUUCCACAGCUACUAUGGGCACAACGAAACAACGACCAGUGCUUCCAACAACAACCACAUGAUUGAAAUGGGAAACGGUCUCGGCUGUCCCAUUUCCGUGGAUUUUGCCGAAGAGACAGGGGAAGAUCCGUUGGCCAUGAUGGAUCGUAUCUGGGAGUCCAUGUGGGAGAGCAAGUUUGAAGAGCUUGUGGCCUACAAGAUUCGCGCUGGCGAUUGUUUGGUUCCAAUGGGCUUUCGGAACAACCCACAACUUGCUUCGUGGGUUUGUUGCCAACGACAUGAGCACAUGAAGGGCACCUUGAGCAGUGAAAAGAUGGAUAAACUGGACGAAAUUGGAUUUGAGUGGACAUUCAAAGAAAAGUGGCAGUGAGAGGUACCACGACGAAGAAGGAACAGGCGAGAAGAAAUUUGGACUUGCAGAAAACAGAGAUAUCAUUCGUACCACAUAGAUGAUAAGAGAAGAAACACAUUUGAUUCUCAAAAGAUACUAAGAGAAUUGAAGGUGUCA